GCUGUUACCCUGCGAAAAUUGUAGUUCGCAUAACGAAUACAAUGAAUCAAUUCUUGGCUCAGUUUGUGAUCAAGCGGCAAACUGUUACCAGCAAGGUACUGAUUAGUGUGUCCUGUUAGGUGGAAUAGUUAAUUUAAUCAAUUUGAUGAUGAAAAUCCAACUGCUAUUUUCUGUCCUUGUUCUGGCCAGUGUUGCUUGGCAACCGUCGCAGUCAUCGCGCAUUCUGGCAGUGUUCGCUUUUCCCGGUAGAAGCCACUGGAUGAUGAUUGAUGCAAUAAUAAACGAACUGUUGGACCGGGGCCACCAAGUGACCUGUAUCGCUAAUUAUCCCCUAUCGAGGGGACAGCACGAAAACUAUACAGACAUUCGGAUAGCUCCGAUCUAUGAUUUCUGGAAGAAAUCGGUACGGGUAGAGUCUUUGUACGAUCUGACAGAAAUCUCUAUUCAUCGGAUGCUGGUGGACUUUUUGUACAGCCUUGGACUGGAAACCGCUGCGUACGGAUUCACGAGGGACAAUGUGAGGGAUUUUAUCGUCAAUGACCACAGUCGAUUCGAUUUACUCUUGGCCGAGCAAUUCUACCAAGAGGCGUAUCUGAUGUUGGCCCAUAAAUACAAAGUACCGAUCGUUACCGUCGGAACUUUCGGCUUCGCUCAGUACAUGGGUCCAAUGAUGGGUAUGAUGAAUAUGUGGUCUCAUGUGCCACAUGAAUUUCUACCAUACACAGAUAAAAUGACGUUCUACCAGCGGAUGUACAAUUCAAUGGUUAGUUCUUAUGAAUUGGUAAUGAGAUCGCUAUACUAUAUGCCAAAGCAGGAAGCCAUGGCUAGAACUCAUUUUGCCCAUCUGGAAGGGCCGCUGCCGAAAGUAGCCGAUCUCGAACGUCAAGUAUCAGUAAUCUUACUUAACAGCCACACUCCGCUGACGACAACUCGAGCCAAACUACCAGGUUUGGUUCAAGUUGGCGGAUUGCACAUCAAAAAACCGAAACCACUUCCCGAGGAUAUUCGCAAGUUUUUGGAUGAUGCUAAAUAUGGUGCAAUUUACUUUAGUUUGGGUACCAACUUACGAAGUGCCGAUAUGCCGGCAGUUAAACUACAUACAAUUUUGUCGGUAUUUCGAUCGAUGAAGCAGCGAGUUGUGUGGAAAUUCGAGAGUGACUCCGUGCAAAAUUUGCCCCCUAACGUGAUGAUCAAGAGCUGGUUACCUCAAAGUGAUAUUCUUGCACAUCCAAACGUAAAGGUGUUCAUCACCCACGGUGGUCUGCUAGGAACUCAAGAAGGCGUCUAUCGGGCCGUUCCGAUGCUAGGAAUACCAAUUUAUUGUGAUCAACAUUUAAAUAUGAACAAAGCUGUUCUAGGAGGCUACGCAGUGAAACUGUAUUUUCCAAACAUUACGGAAACCUCAUUCCGAUGGGCACUUGAUGAGUUACUUCAUAAAGCAGAAUAUAAGCGAAACAUCGACGUAGUUUCUUCGGUGUUCCGAGAUCGACCCGUUCCGGCCCUACAGGAAGCCGCCUACUGGGUCGAGUACGUUAUAAGACAUAAAGGGGCGCCUCAAUUGCGUUCGGCGGGUAUUGAUCUGCCGUGGUUGAGUUUUGCCUUGGUGGAUGUUAUUUGCAUGAUUCUAUUUGGUUUGGUGCUGAUCAGCUGGACGCUUGUGAAAUGUAUCGGGUGCAUAGUGAGGCGAUCGUCGAGUGGAAAAAAGAAAGUUCAAUGAAGGAGCUACAGACGGUAUAUUGUUGAUACCUAGAUAAGAAACUGAAGAGAUUAGAUUUUAGUUCACUCAAGUGUUUCAACCUUUGUAUGUAACAGUAAACUCGAGUAUUUAAAGCCAUUUGUCAUGUUUUUUAAGUAUUGCGAAUCGCCCAUUCAUUAUCGGUGUAGAUAGUGGUAAUUUAGUCGUAUCUCUUCAUCUAAUUACAACCUUAACGGUAAUUCCCAACCGAAGAUUGGCUUGAAGAAUGAUAGAGCAGCAGUAAGUCAUAAAAUUUCGUUUGUUAUAAAAGUUUUGUUUUUAGAAAACAAAUAUUUUGUAUUUGGGUAACGAAUAGCAUAUACGUUAGCUAAAAAGCUUUAUUCGACACAGACAUGAUUCCAUAUGAUCCGAUAUCGUGGCCACUCAUAACAAUCACGAAAUUCAAAGGUGAAAAUUAAAUUAAUCCUCACUACCGAUCGGAUUGAAGCCAGAUUUUAUUCAACAUUCAGGGCGAGGUCCGAUGUUGAUAGCUUGAGGUAAAUUACAAAUUUAUUAUUUCUAGAAGAACUCCAUAAACGACGCAAACUAAAAUAAUUUGUGCCCAAUGGAUUUUUUGUCACCAGAGUAUCAUUUCUUUACUGUCGUAUUAUCGCAGAGUUUUCAACCUUUUUCAGUUCAGUUUCAGUUCACCCCCAUUUGAUAAUUCACACAAGCUUUUCCCCCCUAUCAGCACCAUGAAAGAAAAGCUGUAGUAAUUGAAAAAUAUAAGGCUUUUUAAACUUUUAUUU